UAAUGUUUUUCAAGCUAUAUAGCUUAAUAUAAGUACUGUACUUAUACAUAGUAUAUAUAUAAAUAUUUAUUUAUAUACAGUUAAAUAUCAAUCAUGUCACUAAUUCCGAAGAUUAUGGGCCAGUUUGAGUACUCAAAGAUGUUUGUGUCUCUGGCUUUGCUCGGAAUCAUCAGCCUUUUGGUUCGUUUGUACAAGGCACUAGUGGCUAAUCCACGGAGGCUUCGUUCCUUGAUGGCCAAGCAAGGCCUCACCGGACCACCGCCGUCUUUUUUUCUCGGAAAUAUUAUGGAGAUAAAGAACUCUAAGUCGGCGUCUCACCCCGCUGCCGUUUCUGCCGGAGAGUCUCCGGUGGAACACAACUGUGCUAAUCUUCUCUUUCCUUUCUUUGAGAAGUGGAGAAAGCAAUACGGUCAAGUAUUUAUGUUUUCGCUUGGGAACACACAAAUACUAUACGUGAACGAACCAGAUGUGGUGAGGGAGAUUACGACAUGCACAUCCUUGGACUUGGGGAAGCCAUUGUAUCAAGCCAAGGAGCGUGGUGCUCUGCUUGGCCAGGGCAUUCUGACUUCAAACGGCGCUGUCUGGGCCCAUCAGAGAAAAGUCCUAGCUCCUGAACUUUACAUGGACAAAGUCAAAGGAAUGGUGAAUUUAAUUACGGAAUCUGCCACCACUCUUUUGAACACGUGGAAUAGUAUAGUCGAAGCAGAAGGUGGAAGUGCGGACGUAAAGAUUGAUUCCUACAUGAGAAGCUUCUCUGGAGAUGUUAUAUCAAGAGCCUGCUUUGGAAGCAAUUAUGUUAAAGGUGAAGAGAUUUUUCACAAGCUUCGAUCCCUCCAGGAGGACAUGUCCAAGAAAAUCUUCUUGACUGGUGUUCCUGGCAUGAGAUAUCUACCAACAAAGAGUAACAGAGAAGCGUGGGCCUUAGAGGCAGAGGUGGCAAGUCUAAUACUCGAAGUAGUGAAGGAGAGAAAGAAGGUUGGGUACGAGAAAGACUUGCUUCAAAUGGUUAUGGAAGGAGCAGAAAAUGGUAAGCUUAGUCAAGAGGCCACAGACCGUUUCAUAGUCGAUAAUUGUAAGAACAUUUACUUGGCUGGCUACGAAACCACUGCUGUUUCUGCCACGUGGUGUCUCAUGCUUUUGGCUGCCAAUCAAGAUUGGCAACAUCGUGUUCGAGAGGAGCUUCUUCAUGUCUGCCAAGGUCGUACUCCCAAUUACGACAUGCUUCGCAAGCUCAAACAGCUAACAAUGGUGAUUAACGAAGCACUGAGGCUUUAUCCACCAGUGACGGUGGUGUCAAGAGAGGCCUUCAAGGACAUGAAGUUCGGAGAUAUCAACGUACCCAAGGGCAUGAACGUGUGGACCAUGGUGGUCACCCUACACACCGACCCGGACAUAUGGGGGCCCGAUUCCUACAAGUUCAACCCGGAUAGAUUCGCCAACGGUAUAACCGGCGCGUGCAAGCUACCUCAUCUCUACAUGCCCUUUGGGGUGGGGCCCCGGGUGUGCCUAGGCCAGAACUUGGCCAUGGUUGAACUCAAGUUGCUUCUGGCUUUACUCCUCUCCAACUUCUCCUUCGCCCUCUCCCCCACGUAUCGCUACGCGCCGGCUCUAAGAUUGGUAGUAGAGCCGGAGCAUGGAGCCGAUCUCAUAAUCACCAAGUUGUAGAAACAUAUACAGUCGUAAGGAUACGAUCCUGGUUACUAAUCAAUGCUCAAAUAUCUUACUAUCAAUAAGAUGUACAAUUUUAAAUAGUUAUGAUUGUACCCUACUUAUAGGUAUACCCACAGUCCCCCCUAUAUAUAUGGUUUGUUAUAUAUUUAUUCAUACAUCAUUGUUGAUUAUGGUUUGUUACAUGUGCACCAUUCGUAUGGUAAUCAAUAAAAUUUUGAAUAUGACAUUAUCUUCUUUUA